AGCGUAUCAGCCAGACGACUUCCUCCGGUUCAAUGAAGAUAAAAGAUGUAUUUGAACAUAGAAAUGCUACAAUUUCUUUACAGGAAAUAGCUAAUUCUAUUGGCCACAUCAACAACAUCAUGACCCAGUCAUCUUUGAGAAACAGAAAAGAAACUGCCCUUUUAGCGACGCAGUAUCUUCACAGAGUCCAGCUGGCGGCGUACGAAUCUGCCCUCAACCAGUCCACAGAGGGGAUACAGAGGGUAGCGUUGCCAUUCGUGGUUAUCAAAACACUGACCAUCAAGAAUGGCUGCAGAACAGAAAAUGAGAUGUUUAAAUUAAAGACUGAAAAGGAGUCGAUGGACAUUGCCUGCACCGCCAUCACUGGAGGAGGAAUGGGGGGUGCCGUGGCCUUUAUUUCUUACAAGUCUAUUGAGUCCUUCUUAGACAGCUCGUUUGUAUCUAAGGAAAACCUAAUUCUCGAUGAAAAGUUGGAUCACUUUCAGCUGAAUUCCAAGGUGGUCAGCGGCACGACGGGGUGCCCGAAGAACUGCUCCCUGGCCACCCCUGUGAAUUUCACUUUUCCGCACACACAGUUGACAGGGGAAAGCAAAAAGCCUCUCUGUGUCUACUGGAAUGACAUCUCAUUGGGCUGGUCUAAUGAAGGAUGCCACGCCAUCUUUUACAAUGGAACUCAAACCGUUUGCAGCUGCAGCCACCUGUCCACCUUUGCAAUUCUCAUGGCCUCGGUGGUGCUGGCGGAGGAUCCCGUGCUGACUGUGAUCACCUACGUGGGGCUCAGCCUCUCUCUGCUGUGCCUCCUCCUGGCAGCCCUCACCUUCCUCCUGUGCCGGCCCAUUCAGAACACCAGCACCUCCCUGCACCUGCAUCUCUCCAUCUGUCUCUUCCUGGCCCACCUCCUCUUCCUCACGGGCAUCGACCAGACGGAGCCCAAGGUGCUGUGCUCCAUCACUGCAGGUGUGCUGCACUACCUCUACUUGGCCUCCUUCACCUGGAUGUUUCUCGAAGGGCUCCACCUCUUCCUCACCGUCAGGAACCUCAAGGUGGUCAACUACACCAGCGCAGGCAGAUUCAAGAAGAGGUUCAUGUACCCUGUUGGCUACGGGAUCCCAGCAGUGAUUGUGGCUGUGUCUGCAGGGGUCAAUCCCCGUGGAUAUGGCACACCUUUGCAUUGCUGGAUCAACCUACAAAAAGGAUUUAUCCUGAGUUUCAUAGGACCCAUAUCGGUAGUCAUCCUGAUAAACUUAAUCUUCUAUUUGAUAACCCUAUGGAUUUUGAGAGAUCGACUUUCUUCCCUCAAUAGAGAUGUGUCCAAGAUACAAAGCACAAGGAUGCUGACGUUUAAAGCCAUUGCUCAGCUCUUCCUCUUGGGAUGCUCCUGGUGUCUGGGCUUCUUUCUCACUGAGCUUAUAGAGGAACCAUUCAGGUCGGUCAUUGCCUACGCUUUCACCAUCAUCAACGUCCUGCAGGGGGUCUACAUCUUCGUGGUCCACUGCCUCCUCAAUCAGCAGGUGAGAGAGGCGUAUGUCAAGUGGUUUAGGACGAUGAGUAAAGUGCCCGAAUCCGACAGCUACAUCCUAUCCAGCUCCACCACCCACACCCACGUGAAAUCCAAUUUUAGGAGGAAAAGAAGCAAUACUUCAGUUUGAAAAUUUCAGGCCGCUCCAUGUCAUCAUCCCAACCAUCCUGGAGAAGGAAUCAGUCGUGUUACUCAAACAUCCAUGAGGACCGCUUCAUGGUCCAGGAGCAUUGUUGGCAGAACGUAUGCUUUGGUUGAAUGAUAUUUUGUGCCUUGCUUCGCUUACAGCCCUUACAUUUUCAAUUAAAGUAUUUUACACGCAAACAUAUAGAUCUUAACACAUACAUUUUGAUGAGUUUGCAAAUGUAUAUACUUGGAUAACUAUCCAUCAUAUCAAGCAAAUCAAGAUAUAGAAUGUUUGCAUCACCCCUGAAAGUUCAAUCGUUUAUCCCGUCUUCCACCCCUGAAGCAGUUACUGUUCUGAUUUUUAUCACAGUAGAUUAGUUUUGCCAAUCCUUUAAGUCCAUAGACAUGGAAAUUCACAGUUAUGUCCUCCUGGUGUCUGCCAUAUUUUGCUCAUCAUGAUUUUUUUUUUUUGCAAUUCAUCCAUUUCAUGCAUAUAUUGUUAGUCUGAUCCUUUCAUUUGCUGGGUAGUAUUUCACACUAUUACAUUUUGUGAUUUGUUUAUCUAUUCUCCUGCUCAUGUCCGUUUGAGUUAUUUCCAUUUUUUUCUA